CUGCGGGGGCAGCAAUGAGUCAUCCAACGGAAUACUGUUUCAUCACCGUUAGCGGCCUAUCCUUCACAGGACUUCCGUUUCCGGGCCGGUUGUGGCUGCUGAGGUAUCUGACUGGGUGCUCGUGGCUGCUGGACACUGGUCGAAGAGACCAGAAGAAGAAGACGACGACACGAUGGUGCUGCUGGAGAGUGAGCAGUUCUUGACAGAGCUAACAAGACUUUUUCAAAAAUGCAGGACUACAGGCAGUGUUUAUAUAACAUUAAAGAAAUAUGAUGGCAGGACAAGACCCAUCCCACGAAAGGGCCAUGUGGAGGGUUUUGAGCCUGUUGAUAACAAAUGUCUUCUCAGAGCAACAGAUGGAAAGAAAAAGAUAAGUACAGUGGUGAGCUCCAAGGAAGUAAACAAAUUCCAAAUGGCCUAUUCCAAUUUGCUCAGAGCUAACAUGGAUGGCUUAAAGAAGAAAGACAAGAAAAGCAAAAAUAAGAAAAGCAAGGCAAUGCAAUGAUGGAAUAGGUGUUUCUGUUUCUCCAGUGGACCCAGAUCGUAGCAAUUGAUGUUUAUUAUACCACCAUGUAUCUUUUGAUGUCACCUCCCCACCUACUAACUGGAAUCUAAGCAUUUUACUAAAAACCUGAAAGCAGAGAGUCUGGGUUGUGGUAAGCAAAAAUACAUGUAUAUAAAUAUACCACAGCCAUUUAUUAACUACUAAUUAGUUUUGUACUUUUACUGUUCUCUGACAGAAGGUGGUGGUUGGGCAACUAUUCUUUUGAGAAAUGGUUCAAAAAUAAAUACUUGGACAUACUCUUA